AUGGAGUUUGUCACAGCCCUUCGGGGCACCUUCGAUGAGCAGAAGCCAUCGCUCUUCGAAGUUCUCUCCGAACAGCAGCUCAACGCCCUGCUUCCGCCAACCCUCCGCUAUCUCCUUACCAUCGCGACGCAUCGACACCCACGAUAUCUUUUGCGAAUACUCAACUCGUUCGAUGAGAUAUACGCUGCAGUUAUGUUGCUUAUUGAGCGGCAUUACCUGCGCACACGAGGUGGUUCCUUCACAGAGCACUUCUAUGGCUUGAAGCGCGAAAAGGGCCUCCACGCCGAAGUCCCGCGCGCGAGCAUGUCAUCGCCUGAUAUUGUGCGCGAGACAUUAAAGCUCACAACUAAGGAUGUGUGGAAGAACCUGCUCGUUAUCGUGGGCAUCCCUUACCUGAAGCGGAAGCUAGAUGAGAGCUACGAAGUGAAUGCGCCGAGAGCUCUACUUGGCGCAGCAUACACGCGAAUGCCAGAUAACCCGACACUUCGCGAUAGAUUCCUAUACUAUUACCGAUGGUUCCUCAGAAACAUAUACCCGAGCGUCAAUGCCGGCUACUACUUUGCCAUGCUCGCGUUCAAUGUGGCUUACCUGUUUGACGGGAGCAAAUAUCAUAGCCCACUCAUGUGGCUGAUAGGAACACGUAUACGAAGAAUGUCGGGAGCGGACUACCAAGCAAUCGAUGCUUUGACGCGGACACCCGAGACAGGACACAGACCGGGGUGGCGGUCGUUGCUAAAUCCUCGUGAGAUGGGCCCUCGGGUGUUGUCAAGCUUAUCGAUACUGUUACCAACAAGCAUCUUUGCGCUCAAAUUCUUGGAGUGGUGGUAUCAGUCAGAUUUUGCAAAGCAACUUUCACGAAAAGCGACCGAGAGCGUUGGUUUACCCCCGCCCGUGAUAGCAGCAGAUGGCAAGGGAGGGUCCGAUAAGAAGAAGUCAGAAAAGAAGAAGGAAGAGUCGAACGUGGAGGGAGAUGCGACUCCUUUGGCCGAAAAUGCACCCAUCGCCACUCCCUCGCUACUGCCUGUCUAUACCGUUCCAUUCCCAAGCGAUUCGGCAUUGUGCCCAAUCUGUGUCGAUGAAAUCGUCACCCCAACAGCAUGUCAAACCGGUAUCGUUUAUUGCUAUACAUGUAUCCACAAAUGGAUCGAGGGUCAACAUCAGAAACAGGAGGAUUUUAUGGAGACACACGAGGGCAAGUGGGAGAGUGGCCAAGGGAGAUGCGCAGUGACAGGCAGAAGGGUUCUGGGUGGAACAGAAGGCCUAAGGCGGAUAAUGGUAUAG